AUGCUCUACAAGCCAGAAGAGCGGAAAGUGUCCAUGCCCAGAGACAUUUUAAUCCGUUUCCAUUAUUAUUCCACCAAGGAAGCCAUUGUCAAAUAUGGCAGAGACAAUGUCUUACAAUUCUGUGAUACUGAGCUGGCGAUAUACCAGAACCUCUCACCCACUACCCUGCAAUGCCGGAAGGAAUGGAGACCAGCUGCAGAACUCCUCAGGCGACAUGAGACCCAAUAUACCUGGGGUCACCCUUUUAAGUUGGUAGCAGUUAAGGCUGAUAAGAUCCAUACCCUGAUGCCGGGAACCGACCCAAUCCCCUUCUUCAGAGAACUUAUCAUCGAACCGUCACCGGACUUUACCCUGCACACCUGAGUGAGGCAGACGUGGACAACCCUUGAACGGAACUGGCAGGAGGUCGGGGUCGGACCGGACUGUACCACUUGAAUGGGAAGAUUUGCUGCCAUACACCCCAUCUGUUCCAGUGCCCCAAACUGGUUACACCUGGUGCAGUGAGACAGCAAGACCGCACACAAGUGCAGAUAAGUGCUGGGGGGAACAGGCGUCUGAGGACUCGGGGUAAUUUGGGAACACUCAUGCUUGUUUUU